UUUAAUUUCUUUUAUUUUCUGGCAUCCCCUGCGCUGAGAUUUCAGAAUUGCAGACGCACAUCCAUUACCGAAAUGACUGGCGCCAUUAAAUUGAGCGAAGCUCCCAAGCUGAAAGACCAAUACCGCCAAGACAACAAGAUUGGACGGAUCCUAACGAACAUCAUUAAAUUCGCUGUCGAUUCCACUGCCGACAACACUCUCAAAGGCGUAACUGGUCCAAAGAAAUUUUACAAGUUUGUGCAAGAGAGACUGCGGAGUCAACCAUCUUCACUUCCCUUAAAUAACUGUAAGAAACCUGGAGAUGUUAAGUUAGUGGAGGAGAUAGAAAUAAAAGUACAAGAAAUGCUGGAAGACAGGGCAAAGUUUAAACAACAAAAUGAGACAUCAGCCAAAUGUCUAGAGGGAACAGAACAUGCGAAGAAGGGACCAAAUGAAAGCAGCAGAAAGCUAGAUGUUGUGGAACCUGAGAAGAAGAGAAUUUUUAUUCGUUCUCGGCUUUAGAAUAGGCCAAAAUUAACAACCUCAAUGUCUGAAUCUUAAAAUGGCCCAAACAAACAACUGCAUUAUACCUUUGAAUGUCAUUCUUAAUAGUGUCGUCGUGUACCAUCGUUAAGAAGUUAAUAGCUUUUUGUUGUAUAUGGGUAUUGGUUUAUCCAUUAAUGGAUCCUUUCUUCCUCUGGUCUGCUUUA